UUUUUUCCUCCCAUGUGGUCCAGUUCGUCUACCGGCUCCGCGUGAGUUGUUACAUUCUAUCAAUCACUCCAAGUUAAAAGCCAUCUCUUUAAACUAUAGAUUUCAAAUUUGACACUUUGUUCUGCUUUGGUUAGGGCUCCUUGUUUUCAUUUUUGUAAGUUUCAAAUAUGGGUUUAUCUGCUCAAGAUUUAAAAGAUAUUGCAAACAAGUUGCGAAUUCACAGUAUUAGGGCUACCAAUGCCAGUAAUUCCGGUCAUCCAACAUCAUGCUGUUCCAUGGCAGAGCUAAUGUCUGUUUUGUUCUUCAAUACUCUGAAAUUUAGGAUCGAUGAUCCCAGAGAUCCAUCAAGCGAUAGGUUUGUUUUGUCAAAAGGUCAUGCUGCUCCGAUUUUGUAUGCUGCUUGGGCAGAGGCUGGAUUAUUUCCUGAAAGUGACCUCUUGAAGUUGAGAAAAAUUGACUGUGAUCUUGAAGGACAUCCAACUCCUCGUCUAUCAUUUAUAGAUGUUGCUACUGGUUCUUUGGGUCAAGGUCUGAGUUGUGCUGCUGGUAUGGCUUACACUGGCAAAUAUUUUGAAAAUGCUAGCUAUCGUGUUUACUGCCUGAUUGGUGAUGGAGAAUCUGCUGAGGGAUCCAUCUGGGAAGCCCUCUCCUUUGCUGGACAUUAUAAACUGGACAAUCUUGUUGCCAUUUUCGAUGUCAAUCGUCUUGGGCAAAGUGAGCCAACAAUGUUUCAACAUCAUAUGGAAAUUUAUCAGAAAAGACUAGAGGCUUUUGGAUUCAACACCAUAGUGAUUGAUGGACACAGUGUUGAAGAAAUUGUGAAAGCAUUUGAAAAUGCUGCAUCAUUUAAGGGAAAACCAACUGCUAUAGUGGCAAAAACCUAUAAGGGAAAAGGAAUUCCAGGUAUUGAGGAUCAAGAAAAUUGGCACGGAAAGCCUCUUGGUGACAAAGCAGAUGCUGCCAUCAGUGUGAUCUCCGGUGCAUGUGCAAGGGAUCUGCCUGCUCCCCAGACUAUUAUUGCUCCCGUACAAGAUGUUCCUCCAGUUGAUACAGCCCCUAUUCAAUUGUCUGAACAACCAAAUUACACAUUAGGAGAAAUGGUUGCUACUAGAUUAGCUUAUGGAACUGCCUUAGCUAAACUUGGAAAGAACAGUGAAAGAAUUAUUGCUUUAGAUGGAGAUACAAAGAACUCCACCUUCUCUGACAAAUUCAGGAAAGCCUUUCCUGAUCGUUACAUUGAAUGUUUUAUUGCUGAACAGAACCUUGUUGGUGUUGCAGUUGGGUGUGCUACAAGAGGUCGAAAAAUUCCCUUUGCCAGUACCUUUGCUACCUUUUUCACCAGAGCAUUUGAUCAGCUUCGAAUGGCUGCUAUAUCUCAAGCAAAUAUCAAAUUGGCUGGCUCUCACUGUGGUGCUUCAAUUGGAGAGGAUGGUCCUUCUCAGAUGGGAUUAGAAGACAUUGCUUUGUUCCGUACUAUUCCUGGAAGCACAGUUUUCUACCCAAGUGAUGCAGUUUCUGCUGAAAGGGCUUGCGAGUUGGCUGCCAACACACAGGGAAUCUGUUUCAUCCGAACAUCUCGACCAAAUACGCAUGUUAUUUAUGCUAAUGCUGAGCCCUUUGCUGUUGGAAAAGCCAAGAUUGUGAAAAAAUCCUCCAAGGAUGUUGCUUUGGUAAUUGGUGCUGGUAUUACAUUAUAUGAAACUUUGAAAGCUUCAGAUCAACUAAAUAAGCAGGGAAUAGAAAUUCGUGUGCUUGAUCCUUUCACCAUUAAGCCAUUGGAUGUUAAUACCAUUGUAACAAAUGCUAAAGAAUGUGGCGGUAGAAUCGUUGUUGUUGAAGAUCAUUAUCAUGAAGGAGGAAUUGGUGAAGCAGUUGCUGGUGCUGUUGGAGGAUGUCGUGACAUUUUGCUGUCCCGCCUUGCUGUUACUGGUAUUCCCCGUAGUGGGCCGCCUGCUGAACUUCUUGACAUGUUUGGUAUCAGUGCAAAACACAUUGUCAAGGCUGUGCUUGAUAUUAAAGACCAAUGAACUGUUACCGUCAUUAUUUAGCCUAUCAUUCCAAGAUGUUAUUGAAGAUUGUGUUGCCGUAUCUUUAACUAUGGAUGCUAUUUUAAGUGCGUUACAUUACAUGUUGAAGCUUUGAAAGUUCAUACAUUGUUAUCAAAUAUGCUUUUUCACAAUAAAGUAUUUUCUGUUUUCAA